AUGGGCUGCGUUAAAAGUAAAGAGAACAAAAGUCCAGUCAUUAAAUACAGCACUGAAAACACUACAGAGCCUGUCAGUACAAGUGCCAGCCACUAUGGAACAGAACACACUUCUAUGGCACCAUCGUCUUCAGCAAAGGGGACAUCUGUUAAUUUUAGCAGUCUUUCCAUGACACCUUUUGGAGGCUCCUCAGGUGUGACACCUUUUGGAGGAACAUCUUCCUCAUUCUCAGUGGUGCCAAGUUCAUACCCUACUAGUUUAACAGGUGGUGUUACUAUAUUUGUGGCCUUAUAUGAUUAUGAAGCUAGAACUACGGAAGACCUUUCAUUUAAGAAGGGUGAAAGAUUUCAAAUAAUUAACAAUACGGAAGGAGACUGGUGGGAAGCAAGAUCAAUUGCUACAGGAAAGAAGGGCUAUAUCCCUAGCAAUUAUGUAGCUCCUGCAGAUUCUAUUCAAGCAGAAGAGUGGUAUUUUGGCAAAAUGGGUAGAAAAGAUGCUGAAAGAUUACUUCUCAAUCCUGGGAACCAAAGGGGUAUUUUCUUAGUAAGAGAGAGUGAAACUACUAAAGGUGCUUAUUCCCUCUCUAUUCGUGAUUGGGAUGAGGUAAGGGGAGACAAUGUGAAACACUACAAAAUUAGGAAACUUGACAAUGGUGGAUACUAUAUCACAACUAGAGCACAAUUUGAUACUCUGCAGAAACUGGUGAGACACUACACAGAACAUGCUGAUGGUUUAUGCCAUAAGUUAACAACUGUGUGUCCAACUGUGAAACCUCAGACUCAAGGUCUAGCAAAGGAUGCUUGGGAAAUUCCUCGAGAAUCUUUGCGACUUGAAGUUAAAUUAGGACAAGGAUGUUUUGGUGAAGUAUGGAUGGGUACAUGGAAUGGAACCACGAAAGUAGCAAUCAAAACACUGAAACCAGGUACAAUGAUGCCAGAAGCUUUUCUUCAAGAGGCUCAGAUCAUGAAAAAAUUAAGACAUGAUAAACUUGUGCCACUGUAUGCUGUUGUUUCUGAAGAGCCGAUUUAUAUUGUCACAGAAUUUAUGUCAAAAGGGAGCUUAUUAGAUUUCCUUAAGGAGGGAGAUGGAAAGUAUUUGAAGCUCCCACAACUGGUUGAUAUGGCUGCUCAGAUUGCAGAUGGUAUGGCAUAUAUUGAAAGAAUGAAUUAUAUUCACAGAGAUCUCCGGGCUGCAAAUAUUCUUGUAGGGGAAAAUCUUGUGUGCAAAAUAGCAGAUUUUGGCUUAGCAAGGUUAAUUGAAGACAAUGAAUAUACUGCAAGACAAGGUGCAAAAUUUCCAAUCAAAUGGACAGCUCCUGAGGCUGCAUUGUAUGGUCGAUUUACAAUAAAGUCUGAUGUAUGGUCAUUUGGAAUUCUGCAGACAGAACUAGUAACGAAGGGCAGAGUGCCAUAUCCAGGUAUGGUGAACCGUGAAGUACUGGAACAGGUGGAACGAGGAUACAGGAUGCCUUGCCCUCAGGGCUGCCCAGAAUCCCUACAUGAAUUGAUGAAUCUUUGUUGGAAGAAGGACCCUGAUGAAAGACCAACAUUUGAAUAUAUUCAGUCCUUCUUGGAAGAUUACUUUACUGCUACGGAGCCACAGUACCAGCCAGGAGAAAAUUUAUAA